AUCCUUGCAGUCCGCAUUUUAACAGCAACAAUGUAGUAUUACAUAUUUGGGGAAAUUCAAUGUCACACACAAUACUAUCAGAAGUAAAAAAUAGUUGAACAAUUUUGAUUAUUGCUAUUUUGAACGGAAAUUAAUGAAGCUUUUACGUUUCGUGAUUUUAACAAUUUCUAAUGAUGUAAAAGAGAAAGUAUACAUCUUUUAUGUGGUGCUGUAAAACUAACUAUGCUCAAAGCUACAUUACAUGUAAAACUUAUGAAUAAUUAUGUUUGGUUAUUAUCUACUCAAUAAGGGAAUAAAAUUGGUAUAAUAACAUAAAUGCAUAAUUGGACUACACAUAUAUAAAAGCAAUCGAAAAUCUUAAAGUUAAAUACAACAAAUAAUAUAUUAUAUACGUAAAUUUGUAACAUAUACCCAAAAGAAAUUAAACAGCUGACUUAAAAAUGGAAUAAUACCAAGCCCACACACUAGUAAGCACAAAUGCGAACUGUGGAGCUGAUGUGAAAACAUAAAAAUAAGAAUAUAUACCACUUAUGAACAUUUAAAGCGGAAAGUCGUGCUCUUAAUAAGUUCCAUUUUGCCCAGCAGUAAAGAAAAGUAAAUAUCUAAACGCCAAUAUGUCUAGCACCUCUUCUACCGAUGAUAGUGGAGAUUUGUUCGAUCCUCUUACCGAAGAGCUCCAAAAUGUUCAAUCUGUAAUACAUGUUACACGAGAAAAUAUAGAUGCCCUUAAUGCAAAAUUUGCAAAUUUACAAGAGCCGCCUCCAAUGUAUAUAACGGAAUACCAAGAACUUACUUCAAAGCUUCACGAUCUCUUCGUAAAGGAACAUGAACUAAUGGAGCAACUGAGUAGUCAGCAAGAGGAAGCAAACAAAGUGGAUCAACAAAAAAUCCAGUUUGAAUAUACCAAUCACCAACCCCAAUAUCAGAAUCAGCAACAAUCAUCGCAUCAACAUGCGCAUUUACCAUCAAUUGAUAUGACGGAUUCUUAUGCGGCAAACAGUAAUAGUGGAAGUCGAUGUAGUACUUUAACGCGACCACCAAAAGUGCUGUUGCGAGCUCAUUUACCAAAUCAACAGCGAACAUCUGUUGAGGUUGUACCAGGUGUGCGAUUACGUGAUGCGCUUAUGAAGGCACUUAAAUUACGACAACUAAAACCGGACAUGUGUGAAGUUUCUGCAACAGAUAGUGGCCGCAGCAUUAUUCCAUGGGACACUGAUAUUGGUUCACUCAUGGUGGAAGAAAUUUAUGUACGCUUAUUGGAUAAAUGUCCAAUAAUGACUCAUAUAUCACACCAGUUCAUAAGAAAGACAUUUUUUUCAUUGGCUUUUUGUGAGGGCUGUCGUCGUUUGCUCUUUAGUGGUUUUUACUGCAGCCAGUGUAAUUUUCGGUUUCAUCAAAGAUGUUCCGAUAAAGUACCUACACUUUGUCAACAAUUUCCAAUGGAUAUUUCCUAUUAUCAACGACUUUUGGCACAAAACCCAGAAAAUUUUGUUGGAAUAUUACAUCCUGGAAGGAAUGCCAUAUUAAAUCAAGGAAGGCACCCUCGCACAAUUAGCCAACAAGAUCGCUCAAACUCGGCUCCGAAUGUGUGUAUUAAUCGACCAUUAACAGAGGCGCAACGGUGUUUGGUGCAGAAUCAUGUUCCUUUACAGCAUCAUGGUAGCGAUCACCCUAACUCAACACAGGCUUCACCCACCGGCACGUUGAAAACUAUAAAGCGACAAAGAGCUCGAUCUGCAGACGAAAGCAAUAAAAAUCUUUUGUCACCUCGGGACGGAAAAGGUUCUGAAGAAAAUUGGAAUAUUCAAGCUGAGGAAAUCUUGAUUGGUCCGAGGAUUGGUUCUGGAUCUUUUGGUACAGUGUAUAAAGCUCAUUGGCAUGGUCCAGUGGCAGUAAAAACAUUGAAUGUUAAAACUCCAAGUCCUGUCCAGUUGCAGGCGUUUAAAAAUGAAGUGGCCAUGUUAAAAAAGACCCGACAUUGCAAUAUUCUUUUGUUUAUGGGGUGUGUCUCUAAACCGUCGCUAGCUAUUGUAACGCAAUGGUGCGAAGGUUCUAGUCUGUACAAACAUAUACACGUAAAUGAAACUAAGUUUAAACUAAACACUUUAAUCGAUAUUGGCAGACAAGUAGCGCAAGGAAUGGAUUAUCUUCAUGCAAAAAAUAUCAUUCAUAGGGAUUUAAAAUCUAACAACAUAUUUUUACAUGAGGAUUUAUCUGUAAAGAUAGGUGAUUUCGGUUUGGCCACUGCAAAGACACGCUGGUCUGGAGAAAAACAAGCGAAUCAACCUACUGGCAGUAUUUUGUGGAUGGCUCCAGAAGUGAUACGCAUGCAAGAACAGAAUCCUUAUUCCUUCCAAUCGGACGUUUAUGCCUUUGGUAUUGUUAUAUACGAGCUAUUAGCUGAAUGUUUACCAUAUAGUCAUAUCAACAACAAAGAUCAAAUUUUGUUCAUGGUUGGACGGGGAUUGCUUCGACCAGAUAUGACUAAAGUACGUGGGGACGCCCCACAAGCACUCAAACGUCUGGCCGAGGAUUGUAUUAAAUAUGAUCGAAACGAUCGCCCACUAUUUCGACCUCUACUGAACAUGUUGGAAACUAUGUUAAGGGCAAUGCCGAAAAUUCACCGUAGUGCUAGUGAACCAAAUAUGACGCAAACACAGUUACAUAGUGAAGAUUUCUAUCAGUGCCCUAGUCCUAAAACUCCAGUUAACUUCAGUAAUUUCCAGUUUUAUAAUAGUGCGGGUAAUAUCUAGCGAUGCUGAUCCGAUAUUACUAUUGUGAUAACAAAAAUGAGGGACAGGCGAUAUCCCCUUUGAACGCUAAAAACUAGUGAAGGUACCUUUGACUAUGGAACAAAGAGCAAAGAAAUUUUAAGUUACAUACACUUAAAAACACAUAUACACAGUUACAUACACUUAAAAAUUUUGGGCCAUUGUUAUUGACGGCAAAAUGUACUUAAAAUAAUAUUUUAUUUUCUCUAAGUCUGAGUUAAUAUACAAACACAGUUAUUGCAUUAGUAAAAAAAAUAUUCUUAAAACCGUUAUCAGAAAUUGUGCUGAGCAAGCAUUUCUUGGCUCAAAGCUCGUCCCGGUGUAUAGAUCCGAGUGUUUUGAAAGCAUUUGCUAAUUUUUUUAUUGAAUUUGUUAAAACAUGAAUCACUCGUCACCAAUGGUGACUUGUUGGUGACUUCGGAAUUUUCGGCUUAGCCUGAUAUUUCAUAGAUGCUAAUGAAUAGAAUUAAUUACAUUUUUGUGAAACACUACCUUAAUUAAAGUUUUAAGUAGAAUAAUUAGAGGGCAAGAGCAUUUAAUUGCGUUGAGAUUGUAACUACAAAAUAAGUAAAUUAAUAUAAUAUGUAAAUGAUUUUAAGAUAUUAAGAUUAUAUAAAAUAUGUUUCAACGGACAAGUUUUUACAUUAAGCUUGUCCAACUAAAUAAAAUUAAAUUCAAAACUAA